UCCUGUCUUAUAGGAACUUGUCAUUUGGAUUGUCUCCUUUUUAAACUGGCCGGUCUUAAACAGUUCAGGCCAUUAGUUAUUUUUCCUGCUCUCCAGUUUUUUUUUUCUAUUCUUAAGUUUUCAAGUUUGCAAAGCUGAGAUUAUUGGUCACUGAGAUACUGCCUGGUUAGGGUUCGGCAUUGUGCCCAAAGUUUUUGGGCCUCUCAGUGCCUGAGUUCUCUGUGCUUUAACAAAUGAGCUACAGUUCUCAAGAGAUCAGUGAAGCUUGUUUGUUGAUCCUGUAUUCUCAUCCAGAGGAAGUAGAUCUUUGAGAAUGUCUAAGGAAGGGGUGUUUGUGAACCGAAGUUUAGCCAUGGAAAAAAUUAAGUGUUUUGGUUUUGAUAUGGAUUAUACACUUGCUGUGUACAAGUCCCCGGAGUAUGAAUCCCUUGGUUUUGAACUUACUGUGGAGAGAUUAGUUUCUAUUGGCUAUCCCCAGGAGCUACUGAGCUUUGCUUAUGAUUCUACAUUCCCUACCAGGGGACUUGUCUUUGACACACUAUAUGGAAAUCUUUUGAAAGUUGAUGCCUAUGGAAAUCUCUUGGUCUGUGCACAUGGAUUUAACUUCAUAAGGGGACCAGAAACUAGAGAGCAGUAUCCAAAUAAAUUUAUCCAACGAGAUGACACUGAAAGAUUUUACAUUCUGAACACACUUUUCAACCUACCAGAGACCUACCUGUUGGCCUGCCUAGUAGAUUUUUUUACUAAUUGUCGCAGAUAUACCAGCUGUGAAACAGGAUUUAAAGAUGGGGACCUCUUCAUGUCUUACCGAAGUAUGUUCCAGGAUGUCAGAGAUGCUGUUGACUGGGUUCAUUACAAGGGCUCCCUUAAGGAAAAGACAGUUGAAAAUCUUGAGAAGUAUGUAGUGAAAGAUGGAAAACUACCUUUGCUUCUGAGCCGGAUGAAGGAAGUAGGAAAAGUAUUUCUUGCCACCAACAGUGACUAUAAAUAUACAGAUAAAAUUAUGACCUACCUGUUUGAUUUCCCACAUGGCCCCAAGCCUGGGAGUUCUCAUAGACCUUGGCAGUCCUACUUUGACCUGAUCUUGGUGGAUGCACGGAAACCACUCUUUUUUGGAGAAGGCACAGUACUGCGUCAAGUGGAUACUAAAACUGGCAAGCUGAAAAUUGGUACCUACACAGGUCCCUUACAGCAUGGUAUCGUCUACUCAGGAGGUUCGUCUGACACAAUCUGUGAUCUGUUGGGAGCCAAGGGCAAGGACAUUUUAUAUAUUGGAGAUCACAUUUUUGGGGACAUUUUAAAAUCAAAGAAACGACAAGGGUGGCGAACUUUCUUGGUGAUACCCGAACUUGCACAGGAGCUACACGUCUGGACUGACAAAAGUUCGCUUUUUGAAGAACUUCAAAGCUUGGAUAUUUUUUUGGCCGAAUUGUACAAACACCUUGACAGCAGCAGUAAUGAGCGCCCAGACAUUAGCUCUAUCCAGAGACGUAUUAAGAAAGUAACUCAUGAUAUGGACAUGUGCUAUGGGAUGAUGGGAAGCCUGUUUCGCAGUGGUUCUCGGCAGACCCUCUUUGCCAGUCAAGUGAUGCGUUACGCUGAUCUCUAUGCAGCAUCUUUCAUCAACCUGCUGUAUUACCCAUUCAGCUACCUCUUCAGAGCUGCUCAUGUAUUGAUGCCUCAUGAAUCAACAGUGGAACACACACAUGUAGAUAUCAAUGAGAUGGAGUCCCCUCUUGCCACUCGGAACCGCACCUCAGUGGAUUUCAAAGAUACCGACUAUAAGCGGCACCAGUUGACACGGUCAAUUAGUGAGAUUAAACCUCCUAACCUCUUCCCACUGGCACCCCAGGAAAUUACACACUGCCACGACGAAGAUGACGAUGAAGAGGAAGAGGAGGAAGAAGAAUAAGAAGGAAAACCAAAACUCUGAGCACUCAUUAAAUAAGUUCUGGCAGGACCCUCAGGAACAAAGGAUGUCCCUGUUUGGGUUUUAGUUGGGGGGGAAGGGAGCUCCAUCAAAGGUACACCUGGAAAGUUUCUGAAGGCUAAAUAUUCUUAUAGGGAGAUACUUAGUUUUAUGUGUCUGCACGCUUUGCAGAUGGUUCAAAUUGUAAUGGAGUCUGUUGGAAGAAGGGGUAAAAAGUCAGGCUGAAUUGCAUGCAGAUGGCUCCACUGUGGCUUGUGACACUGUUUCUUUGUCUUGUUUCAUCAUCAGUAUACACUAAAGGUAUCAGCGUGGAGCAGGGAGGAGGAGAUUCCAAAAUGUUAUGUUAGAAAUUGUGCUCUUCCUCCAACAUCUGUUUUUUUUUUUUUUUUUUUUUUUUUCAGUGUAUAACGUAGUAUUGUGUAUCAGUGGAGAAAUAGUUUCCAUGAUCAAAUGUAGUCUCUGUUAAAGUCAGGGUUCCUUUCAUAAGCCUUUAAGUGUCCUCAGUGACUGUGGUCAGGUCACCGUCUGUCAGUGACUUUGCAGAAGUGUUCUCUACUUGCGUUAGGACUGAACUAGACUGCAGCAGUUUCAUUUUUAGAAAAGUCUUCACAUCCAAUUCUAUAUAUUUUUAAUAGCAAAAAUGCUAGUUAUCCAAAAAUUUUCUUAUUAGCUGAGAUUAAUCUGUAGAGAGAAUUUAGCUGAAAAAGGACAAAGCCCCCUGAAGACGAGGAACCUCCGUAUUUUACAGUGAGUAAAAUUCAUGAGUGUGGUUUACAUAGUACGGUUAUUCCUACCCAACACCAGUCUGCUCUGUCCUCCAGCGUGUGUAGCCGCAUUACAAAGCCAAGCACUGGAGGCUGGGAAGCGGGCUCAGUAAGCCAGAACCUUACUAGCAGAGGGCACAAUCAGUGUGAAUAGAUUCACUUCAGAAUCCCAAGUGAAAUCACUUCUUGUUUUGAACAAGAAUGUAUCAUUACUAUACACUUUAGGGUAUUAUAACAGCCUCUUAAGUAUAGUGAAAGUUGUUACAUUUUUAACAGUGGUAUACACUCUUAGUUUAACCUUGAUAUAUUUCUUGUCACUGGUUAACAUGGGAGGGUAGAUUAGUUGCUCUAGAAUUCAAUAAAGUAUAAUAUUUCUAAUACUGACUUUGACCUCUUCCUAUAGCAUAACUGAACUGGAGUGACUUGACUGUUCAGUAGGUUUAAGUUUCACAGACUGACAUUCUUUUAAAGAUAAUGGUUAAGUUUUUAACAAAAUUUUUUAUGGAACGUUUGUAAAGGACCAUGGGGUAAAAAAUCAUUUUGUAAGUAGAGAACACAAUCAAACUUAGUGCUUUACAUUAAGUCAUGUCAAAAAACACAUUCUAAUGGGUAUCUGUUGGGAAUAUUCUGCUUUAAAAGUAUGUUAGAAAUGCUAUUACUAUUAGAUGUUCUCCCUAUCUUAAAUUUGAGUUAUAUUGCCAACCCAGUGAUUAUUCUCACUCAAGAUGGAGAUGUUGCCAAGUUUGACAUGGUCUUAACUUUUCUCAAGGUAAAGUUUCUAAAUGACAUAGCUACUCAUUAAUAGUACAUUUCCUCUUUUCCAUUUCAGAGCAAGGACCAACAUCACUUUGCUUUAAUUUAUCACACUUUUUGUGUGUAAGUAGGUCCAAAGAUUGAGAAGUUAAAAGCAUAAAUUCCACUGCUGGGCGUAACUCUUCAGGACCGCCAAAACAUUUUAAAGAGCUAGGAUUCCGUGAGAGGCCUGAGACCCACAGCAGUGUUUCUUUGUAU